AUGGAGUCUAUCUCAAAGCCGCUGGAGACAGAGAAAGCUCUGUCGGCACCGUUGCCCAUGGAACGCAAGCGUCUUGUGUAUGACUCUCAGGGGCCUACCAAAGAGUACGGCGGCAUUUUCGCCCCACUCCUGCGUCUGGAGGCAUGGAUGGAUCACAAGCUGGGUGUUGAGGCCGAGGUCAUUGAGCGUAAACGGCCCGAGGAUCGCAAGCCUCUAAAAUGGUACUAUGAACUGGACAUGAUGUUUCUAUGGGCCUCAGGUACGAUGAAUUUGUCUAGCUUCGCGACGGGUAUGCUCGGCUGGCAAUUUGGCCUGGACUUGAAGCAGGCGCUCAUUUGCGUCUUCUUUGGCCUGCUUAUAGGCUGCGCUGUAACGGCAUACUGUACGACUUUCGGCGCUGCGACGGGUCUUCGUCAAAUGUCCAUUUCGCGGUAUAGUUUCGGGUGGUUUCCCAGCAAGCUUCCUGCGCUUCUCAAUACUAUCCAGCAGAUUGGUUGGUCGGCUGUAGGGUGCAUUACCGGCGGCCUCGCGCUGGUCGGCGUGGCUGAUGGCGGGAUCUCGGUGAUUGUGGGCAUCAUUAUUAUUGCUGUGGUAUCGCUGUUCAUUGGCCUCUUUGGCAUACGUGUCAUUCUUUCUAUUCAGCGAUAUGCCUGGGUCGUAUUCAUGAUCGUUUUUUUGAUUAUCAUCGGCGAGACAGGCGGGUUUGCUGACAAUCACACGCCUGCGAAGGCACAAGGAACAACGCCGCUCGCCGGUGCCGUUCUAUCUUUCCUGGCUGUUGUGUAUGGCUGGAGUGCGUCGUGGUCGCCCAUCGCGUCCGAUUAUUACAUCGUGUACCGUGCAGAUAUCAAUCGCGGGAAGGUGUUUGCCUUCUCGUUUAUCGGGCUCCUCCUCCCCACAUGCAUUAGCAUGUGGUCCGGUGCUCUCAUAGCCAGCGCACUCAACACGCAUCCGGACUGGCUCGCGACAUACCAGGACCAUGGCCUCGGCUUCCUUCUGCGCGAUAUGCUGUACCCCACAGGCUUUGCCAAGUUCCUUCUUGUGAUGCUCGUGCUGGCCGGCAUUAGUCUCAACAGCCUGAGUACGUACAGUGCGCCCAUCAGUCUCAUGCAGGUGUCGCCCUGGCUGGGGUACGUCCCUCGUGUGUUUUGGCAGGUUAUCAUGUUUGGCAUUGUCAUUGCGUUGGGCCUCGCUGGCCGCGAGAGGUUGGACGCCUACCUUGUCAACUUCUUGGACCUGCUCGGUUACUGGUGCACGAGCUACUUUCUGAUCCUGAUGUUGGAGCAUGUUGUGAUCCGCAAAGGCAGUUUUGCAAAUUACGACUUGGAGGGCUGGAACGAUCCGGAUCGACUGCCGCACGGCAUCGCUGCCAUUAUCGUAUUCUUGGUCGGUGUCGUAUGUUGGGUCAUGGGCAUGGCCGAGACUUGGUACAUCGGUCCUCUGGCCCGGCUCUUUGGCCCACACGGCGGCGACGUAGCGAACGAAUUCACGCUGGUAUUUACGGUCGUCACGUACAUACCUCUGCGGUACCUCGAGCGCCGCGUGUUUGGCAAGUAA